GCCCGCCACCAGGGCGGCGCCACCGUAGUGUAAACAUGGCCCGGCAGGAAGAUGCGCUCGAUUUUCAGUCUAAAGACUUUAAUCCCGUUAAAGCUCUGUCCGUCACUGAUGUGCAGCUCCCAGUGUCCGACGCCAAGGAGUAUGAAGACCUGGACAGCCUUAGAAAGGAUGUACAUGACCAAAGGUUUAACGUAGUGAGAGAAAUCCCCGGUGUGUUGGGCCCUGGAGGUAUCCCAAAACCAAAUGUACGUAAGAUUCCAGUAGGGAGGAACUUCACACCAGAACAAGGACUCAUAAAGGGCCGUGGUCCAAGACGGCGUCGAAAUGUCAUCACUCGCAUGGAGGAAAUGAUUGGCCCUUUGGCUGUCCUUCGAAAGUGUCAGGAAGAGAACAUUCGAGUCAAGGUGUACAUGAGGAACCACCGGGAGGUGCGGGGGCUGGUGAGCGGCUACGUGGUCGCCUUCGACAAGCACUGGAACCUGGCGCUGAGGGACGUGGACGAGGUCUUCCAGAAGCAGCUCCGGGGCAAGACUCCCGCCCUAGGUACGUCCUUCUGGCUAUUCGGGACGGGACUAGGACUUGGUGGCCAUGCCAGGAGUCCUGGAAUGUGCUUCCGGGAUUGUAGUGGGAGAUAUGAACCACUGGGAACCUGAGGGAGAGGUGGUCGUACAAGGACAACAUCGGAAAACGUCUUCAAGAUUAUGGGUGAACUUUAAUACGCGCUGUAGGUGGCCAUUGUUAGCUGGGCGCGGGCUUGGAGGUAUGUACUCGUUAAAUGUUACCAGGAAGAAAAGAUC